GAACCAACCGGGCUCUUCUGUGUAAGUCGAGCAGCGACGGGCAGAACCAGGUUCUUCAGAUCGGACGCCCGCACAACACGGAGAACGAGGAGGAGCUGCAGAGACUCGCUGCUCUGGGUGUGGAUUCGGCCCGUGUGAGGCAGACAGGUCUGAUCUCAGGUCAGAGCAGCACCCGAAGACUUGGAGAUUAUCGAGUUAAAUUCAACUACAACGAUAUCGACCUGCUCAGUGUGGCGAAGGGUAAGCCGGUGAUCUCGGAGCCGGAGAUCCACGGCGUUCAGAGUCUGGAGAACGUGACGGGCUUCCUGCUGCUGAUGUCUGAAGGACUCAUCAACGCUCUGGAGUCUGCACACGGCCCCGAACAGGCCAACCAGGAGAUCGUGGCGAUGGUGGCUGCAGAGCUGGCGUUGCAGAACAGUUUGGAGGCGGUGGCUCAGUCCGUGGUGGAGCGAAUCAAACGUCUCCAUCACGACGUCUACGUGUCCGGACGACAGAGAGCGACUUUCUGCAGCCGACACGAAGACAUGACGCUGCUGAUCCGAACGCUCGACUACCCGCUGGCCGAGGGAGGAACCCCCACUAAUCCGAGUGGCCGUAUCUACCCGGUGUCGGUGCCGUACUCCAACAGUCUGAGCACCAGUAAGACCAGCGUCAUGCUCUCACUCGUCAUGCCAUCCCAGAAUACUCUCACCAACGGCACCAACACCGCCUCCACGCUGGAGGAGGGCACCCCCACCCCUGGCAGUCAGAGUCCCACAGCCACCCUCCAGUCCACCAACACUCAGACCCAGAGCUCCAGCUCCAGCUCGGGGGACGGCAGCCUCUUCCGGCAGAGAGGCAGUCAGGCGGCUCAGCCCGAUGAGACGGGGAGGGUCCCUCCGUACGUCGACUUCACCCAGUUCUACCGGCUGUGGGGGAGCGACCACAGCGAGGGGGGGGGACUGGGACCCCAGUGAGGAGGAGGAGGAAGAGGAAGAAGAAGAGGGGAGAUACAGACUGUUCUCUGGGACACGGAUUGAAAAAAAAGACUAAUAUUUUAAACGGGGGUUGGGAUCAGCGAUUUUAAACGGGGGUUGGGAUGACCGAUGAAUAUGCUUUUAAUGUUUUUCUUUUUAUGUACGACAUACGGAGGAACUCUCCCCGUCUCACAAAUAAGUGUCCUGAGGAGGAAGGGGAUGAAGAUGAAGAGUAAGAGGUGGAAGAAGAGGGGAGAUACAAAGAGACAGACUUCAGAGUUCUUGGGACACGGAUUGAAAAAAAUGACUAAUAUUUUAAAACGGGGGUUGGGAUGAGCGAUGAGACGCUUUUAAUGUGUAACAAAUAAGUGUCCUAACAGGGAGGAGGAGGAGGAGGAAGGGGAGAUACAAAGAGACAGACUUCAGAGUUCUCGGGACACGGUUUGAAAAAAAGACUUUAAAACGGGGGUUGGGAUGAGCGAUGAGACGCUUUUAAUGUGGAAAAUAACUGUCGUAACGGGAAGGAGAUGCAACAGAACAUUUUUCAUUCUCACUUCAGAUUUUGUAUUCAUCACACUUAAUAGAGAGGUGCAGGAUGUGGUAUUUCUUCGUCGUCUCAUUUAGACACUCAGUUUUUUAAGACAUUAUUUGAGGCUUCUAACCAAAAACACAUCCAGAAACCCAUUGACUUUGUGAUAAGCGAACCAAAAUGCAAAGAAACUGACUAAUUCCGAGGUUUUAGGAAUCAUUCCUGCACCUCUCUAUCAGUCACCAUGCAUGGAAGAAACUCAAAGCAAUUCAAGCCAUUUCACUUGUACCGUUGAAUAAUAUGUAAAAUAUCUCGGUUCGUGGAGCGUUAAUUAGUUUCACCGUGAGGAGGACUCCAGAAGCAAAGAGACAGACUGUUCUCAGGGACACGGUUUGAAAAAAGACUUUAAAACGGGGGUUGGGAUGAGCGACGAAACGCUUUUAAUGUGUAAAAAAUUACUUUCCUCUCGGGAAGGAGAUGCAACAGAACAUUUUUCAUUCUCACUUCAGAUUUUGUAUUCAUCACCCUUAAUAGAGAGGUGCAGGGAUGUGGUAUUUCUUCGUCGUCCCGUUUUUAAGACAUUAUUUGAGGCUUUUAACCAAAAACACAUCCAGAAACCCAUUGACUUUGUGAUAAGCGAACCAAAAUGCAGACAAAAUGACUAAUUCCGAGGUUUUAGGACUCAUUCCUGCACCUCUCUGUCAGUCACCAUGCAUGGAAGAAACUCAAAGCAAUUUAAGCCAUUUCCCCCUUUUUUUUAACCGUUUUAAAACAUAUUACGUUGAAUAUCGCGUGUGCGUGGAGCGUUAAUUUGGUUUUACCGUGAGGAGGACUCGGAGGAAACAAGAUGCAAAGAAACGGCUUCCUGGCACGUGGAUUAUAAAGGACUAAAGUGCACGAGGACACAUGGAACCAGUGGGCCAAUAACCACCAUGAGACUGGGAGGAACUGGUGAAUAAAUAUGUUUCUGUUUUAGAUGCCGGUUAUUAGUGAUUGUGAAAACUCGAGAUUGUAAACAUGUAUCUGCAAAAAGUAAUCCGAUGACACAAUGUACUGCAAGGCCUUAUAAGGACUCUAUGGAUGUGUUUCAAAAGUACUUUUUUAUUUGUAAUGAAAGUUUAACCCAAAAAGACUCGAUAGCCUCGUUGUUACGAUGAAUCUGAGAACUUGUGAAAAAUGCCAGUUUUAUGUCUUGAUUUUCACCAAAUUGUCACAUUUCUGUUUUAAUAAUAGUUUAGAGAAGUGUCUCUUUCAUUGCACCGCAUUAAAGAAGAGUCAUGCCUGGAGCUUUUUUAA